AUGCGUCUGCGCGUCGGAUACUCGGUUCUCGUGGCCGUCGUUGCCCUCGCUCUCGGCUUUGUGCUCGGACGCGUGUGGCCCGUUUUGCUGGCCAACUCCACAAACAAUGGCCACACCAGUUUGAUCGACCUCGGAUCGGUCCCCCGCGAACCCGCACAUGCACGUGCCGAUAGCGCCUGCGCCUUGCCGGCCCCUCGGGCCCAGUUAACCGUUCCACCCCCACCGCCCCUGCGGCUAUAUGAUGUGGCCGAUGCCACAUUCAUCGCGGCCGAGCUCCUCGAAGAAAUUCAAAUGCCCAUCAACGUUCUUCUCGUGACGAGUGCCAUCGGGGGGCCCACGGCCAAUGGCGGCAUUGCCACCGCCUUUCUUGGCCUGGCCCGUCAUCUGCGAGAGAGCACGUAUAAGAACCGCGACCUCUUCAACGUCACCAUCCUAUAUGCUGCACACCCAUGGUACGCCGAGGGUACUGCUGAACGCUGGGUCGCCCACUUUGCCAAUCUUGGUAUCAACUUCAUACCCUUGCCGGGAUCGGAUGGCGACUACUACGGGCCCAAACUGUCCAAGCGUGCGUACCGCGCCUACGAAUGGCUUCGCCCUCGUCAAGACCAAUUCGAUGUUGUCUCGGUUCCCGAUUUCAUGGGCACUGGCUACUAUAUGCAGCUGGCCAAGCACUUGGGCCUCGCAUUUCAGCACCUUGAUUUCAUCGUACAAUGCCACUCCACGAUCCGAUGGGCCGAUGAACUGAAUCGCCGGCCCCCUCGGGACCACAAUACGCUCGCUGUCUACUAUCAAGAAGAGCAAUCUCUCAGCAUGGCUGAUAUCCGCGUCUCUCCUAGCCGCUACUACCUCGAGUGGUUCAAUGAGCCUGGCCGCUCCUACAACGUUUCAGGAGGCAGGAACCUCGUUAUGCAAAACACCCUUUACCCACUGCCAGAGAUCCGCCCGCCGCAGACCAUCACCAAUGCACGCCAUUUUGUCUUCUUCAGCCGACUCGAGACUCGGAAGGGACUGUUUGUGUUUCUGGACGCCCUUCAGCUCUUGGCCAAGAGCCUGAUUGGGACCCCAUUCACAGAGCCCAUUGACAUUACGUUUCUUGGCCCCGACGUCUCGGCUCAGGGUCAACGAGCAAGCCGCCAUAUCACCGCUUUCAUGAGCCAGCAGACGCGCUUCCGCUACCGAAUCGUUGACAGCCUCCCCUCCCAACAAGCGCUGCAAUAUAUCAGCUCAAGCAACGCCGUCACCGUCAUGCCCACGCUCGGCGACAACUCGCCCUAUGUUGUCCUUGAGCUCCUGGCGCUGGGGUUGCCCUUCAUCACCACUCAAGCCGGUGGUGGCGUCGAGCUCUUAAAGGGCCAAGAUGUCGACAAGUUUGUCGUUGAGGCUAAUUGUCCAGACUGCCUCAUGGCCGCCAUGCGCCUGGCACAUCAAGGGAGUAUCACUGGAUUCAGCUUCAAGGUGGAUCCCACCAAAUCGCGCAAUGAUUACGUGCACCUUUUUGCGGCUUCCGGGCUCCGCGGUCGUCAAAAACAGCAUGCCUUGAAUACCCAAGCCCAGCAAGCCCCAUCUUCCUUUCCCAACAUAUUUGUUGGAAUCACUUCCCAUGAUCGCCCUGAUACCCUGCUUCGUGUUAUCGACUCACUUCUUAACCAAGAGUAUCCCUUGCAGCACCUGGGCAUCGGUAUUGUGGACGAUAAGAGUGAGCUUCCUGAAAUGCCAGACGUGCUGCGCACCGGCAAGGCCAAACUCGCCAAGGCCGGGCUGCGUGACCAUGUGGUUCAGAUCCACGAAGCCAACACUUUUGUGGCCCAGUCCCGAAACGAAAUAUUUCGCAUGGGUCAAAACUACGAUUGGGUUUGCCUGAUGGACGACGACGAUUUUGCCGAGCCACACAUGCUAAAAGAAUUUAUGAGCGUGGCGCAUCAUCAGCCCGAGGUGGAGCUGAUCAUGGCUUUGUCCAACAACUUUGAUAUCAACAAAGCCGGGCAUCGCGUUUUCUCCCAUACCUCGCUGGCAAUUGGCAAUGCCUUUGCACAUAAUUUCUUCAUCAACAACUAUGGCAAGGCAAACUUUUGUAUUCGGCCCCAGGUUGCCGCUCGCAUCGGCGGACAUCGAAUCGGCGAGUACACGCGCUCACCCUUUGUGGACUGGGCAUUCCUGACUCGCGCCUCGCUUCAGGGUGUACAGAUGGCCCUUGUUCCUGAUCCGUUAUACAACUACACCAAAAUGUCCAGUGGCUCUAUUUGGUACGGCAUGGCCUCAGCCGCCGAACAAUAUGCUGGUCACAUGAAGAUCCUCCAAGAUGUGUGGGAGAGCGUGCCCAUGUCUCAUUUUAUCGCUCGUGUGAGCUAUGCAAUUCGGCAUGACAUCGGCGACAAGGGCACGCAGUACUCGACGCCCUGCUCUUCCGAGGACUCCACCUGCAGUGUUUUCAUGAGCUUGAAGGCGCGGCCCACGAUGUCCUACAUGUACACGGUGAUUCACAGUCCAAUGUGAACGCAACGCGCGACUGACAGGAUCGCACCAAUAACCCGGUGCUUAGAUGUCAGGCAGAUGCGCAAGAUUUUUUUUGACCAAGUUAGCAAUCAGAUUUACCGAAGACGUAGCAUUGGGUGUGGCGCGGUGGUAGGCCACGAGUGUUUGGACCAACCGCAAUCCACCUGUACGCAACAUAGCAUGAGAUGCUCCGCAAACCCCAACUCAUAUGAUCAACCGAGAAUCGAACGACAAA